ACAAGCGCAGCAUCCCAUACCUUCAUCCAUCCACCACCAACCCACCUAACAGCGCUAUGAGAGCCAGGAUGAGAGUGGCACUGCUGUUUCUGGCAGCCGCUGUUUGGGUGGCAAGCGCUCAGACCAGCAACAGCAGCAAUCAGCAGCAGCAGCAGCAGCAGCAACGCAGCAUCUGGGAUGAGCCCAUUAGAUUCACCACCAAGACCAAGGACUCCUGCACCAUGGUGGUGUCUGGAGCUGGGGACUAUACUCGUCUGCGCGUCUCCUGCAAAGGUCCAAGCCAGGGUCAGACCCAGGGACGCUCCUACUACUGCGACUUCCAGGGCAAACCCAACGUGUGCCGCGCCUACAACCUCAACCCUCGCCACUACUUCACCCAGGUGAUGUGGGACAUGAGGAAGCUGAGCCAUGCUUGCCAGGGACCCAAAAUCUACCGCCCAGCGAUGUGCAAGAAAUACCCCGAAGAGGCUCAGAUGACCUUCCUGGCCUCCUGGCCCAAGACCACCACACAAAAGCCCUCCAGACCUGUGCAGGAUCCACGUAAGCCUGUGGUGCCCGCCCCGAACAAACCUGUGGUGCCACCCCAGAACAAACCAGUCACUACUCCUAAACCUGUCAAGCCCCAUCAGCAGCCCAACAAGCCCCAGCCAGGCAAGGGCCCAACCCAGCCCAAGAAAGCUACCCCCAAGCCUGGGAAGACCACUACCCGUCCCACAGAGCAGACCGACGUGAAAGCCUCCCGCAUCGCCAAUGAGUAUUGCUGGAAGAGCUUCCACGGCGUCUGCACCUACUUCAUCAGCUGGUUCCAAAACUGAGGUGAUACUGCAGACACAGAUUGGAAACAGCAGCGUCAGAUCUCUUCUCGACUAUCUUCGACCUCUCCAGGAUCUGUACGGGAGCCUCUGGAGUGAUUUUGUCGCCUCGUGAGGUCCGACUCCCCACACUGCAACAUCUUACGGCAGAGCCAAAAACACUCUACCUACACCUGUGUACGGUUAGGGGAUGAUUGCUUGUGCUGUCUUGUGGUGCACGUGUCUUUAAAAAAAAAAUCUAAUUGUAAAACACACAGCAAGGCAAAAAGGUAAAAUAUGGCAGGCAUGUGAUUCUUUUUGUAAAUGAUGUAAAAUCGUGUCACGUAAAUAUUCCAACAUGUGAAGAGAAUAAAGUCAGUUGGGAGACAUC